AUGUACAAAGACCGGCAAAAUUUCGACGAUGUCGCGUGGGAUAAGAAUGACGAUGCCGAGGAGGAGUCCCAAAUGCGACUUUGGAGAAAAGACACCUGUCGCCAGGUCGAAGCCCUCGUCACGCGGAAAUGCGGCAAACCUGCUACACUCGUAUCACCACUAGUCAUUGGUGGCUUCAAUAUCCAUUAUAGGAUCCAUCUCGAAGGCGAAGACUCAUCCUCCGACGUCAUGGUGCGGCUGCCCUGGCCCUACUCAGCCCGCUUCCCUGGCGAGAAAGUCCUCUACGAGGCGGCGACGGCGGAAUAUGUGAGGCUGAACACUCACAUCCCAACUGCCCAAGUGCUCCAUUAUGGUCGGGACUCCAACGUCGGGCCGUUCCUUAUCCUCCGCCGGAUCGAGCACCGAGGCGACAUGACGGACGCUCUUGCUGUUCCCGGUCUGGACCGCAACCUGACUCCCGUUCUGAACCUUGAGCUCCCCGAGAGCAAGCUCAGAAGUCUGUGGGGCAAUAUAGCGUGGUGUUUACUGGAGUUCGCGAAACCCACCUUCUCCCAUAUCGGCUCUUUGGUCGAGGUUGACGGAUCCUUUCGGGUUACUGCUCAACCUCUUACUCAAAAUAUGAGCAGCAUGACCCAGCUCGCCAAUACCCCCCCGUCUAUCCUUCCUCUUGAGAACGAGACCUACGCAACAGCGGACGAAUGGUACGGGGCAUUGGCCGAUAUGCAGCUAGCACAACUCAUCUCUCAACACAACGACCUCGUCUCGUCCGAGGACGACUGUCGGAACAAAUUCUCUCUCCACCGCGCCAAGUAUUGA